CUUUCGAUUUAAGGAAUGAAUAUUCUGGAAACCGUCUUGAAACAGUCGUAAUCAAAACAAAGUAUAUAUGUUUAAAAUUUUUGGCGCAGAGAUUGCUAUGGAUCCAACGGAGGCAAUGUAUCAAUGUGCAUCAGUUUUAAGCUCAAAAGAUGUUGCAACCACAAGUUCUGACAGUAAUAACGCCUGCUCAUCCCACUAUGUGUCUCGGUCCCAGUCGCCAAUAAGCAAUGAAAACUCAGAAUCCUCCCCAACUGUUAAGGAACAGUCUCUUGUCAGACACAGAAGCAGUCUGGCGGGGAACCCACAUCGCCAGCUCAAACGGGAGAUGUCUAUUGUGAAGGGGCCAACCCUUGAUUUCUCUCCCCUGAUGACUUUGCUUCAGCCCCACACUGACUUGAACAAACCCCCACCCAACUGGUUAAGGAGACGACCCCCUCAGCAACGACAACAGGGUAGACAGUUCUUUUGGCCAAAGUCUGUCUCCAGUUUUUCCAUGGCAAACAAUGCACUGGAACUCACAGGAGAGGUUGAUGUUAUCUCACAAGCUAAGAAUAUCAAGAAGUUGUUGAAGAUGCCAUUUUCUUCAAAGUCUCAGAUCAGUAUGAUGGUUCAUAAGGUUGACAACUCCCUCUUGAUUGACGACUUUGACAUCCACAAAAAUCUACUGAGAAAGCAAAAUGAUGACUGGAAGUGGUUGAGAGAAUUCUACCUGGAGUCUGUGAAAAAAGAUAUGCAGGUGAAAUGUGUUCCAAAGAAAAAGAAGAGCAGAGAUCAUCUUCAGAAUAAAAACAUGCUUUCGAAAUUUCUCUACAGAAGCAUGCAAGAAGCUCAGAACUCUGGAGAAUCUCUGCCUGUGACCUGUUUAAACAGGGAUGUUAGUGAACAAGAUUUCUCAGAGGACAUCUGUGGUCAGCACAGAGAACUGAUCUGGACCUUUGAGAACAUUCAGAUGCUGAUUGGAACAGACCUACCCAUCUUCAGCAGAGGCGCCAACUACCCAUGUGUUAGUCUGAGACUCAGGGACAUGAAUACUCCUAUCAACGUCCUGACUGGGCUGGAUUACUGGCUUGAUAACUUGAUGUGUAACGUUCCGGAAGUGGCCAUGUGCUUCCAUGUGGAUGGAAUUGUUCAGAAAUAUGAGCAGAUUAAGACCGAGGAUAUCCCUAACAUGAGAAACUCUCAGUUUGACCCGAACAUGGUGACAGACAUUGCCUGCAACAUCCUAUCCUUCCUUAAAUCCAACGCCACCAAAGAGGGCCACACAUACUGGCUGUACAAAGGUGUGGAUGAUGACAUCGUGAAAUUGUACGAUCUGACCUCGUUAGAGGAUGCUCAAGAGGACCAGGGAAAUCCCUUCACUGUGCCACUGGGGCGUCUCCUGUACCGCGUGGCUCGUAACAUGUGGAACAACGGAAACAAGAGUCGGCGGAAGAUCCGCAUCCUGCUGGAGAAUUGUCUGCUUCUAUUGGAUGAAGAGAAACACUCACAGAUCUGUACCUCGGCCCACUUUCUCCUGUCUGAUGUCAUGGUACCAGACGGUAUGAUUAAAGACGACUGGACAGACAGCCCCGACAAGGAUUCUGAUGAGGAUGACGCCAAUCCUCACUCUACACAGUCAGAGAACUCAGACCUGGAGGAAGAUCAGUUUACAUCAGUAACAGUAAAGACGUUGUGUAAACAGAAUGGUUACAGAAAACAGCAGAUCCCGAGUAAAUGUAAACCCGCAGUUACUGACGUCACACAGAAGUGUCUUGAUGCUGUCAAACACACCUCACAGGGCUUAAUGUGUCUUGAUAAAGACUUCACCUUACAAAUCCUGAAAAAGAAGAACAUUGUUGAGGAGCAGGCCACCUGUAACAAAAACACGGCCAUUCCCCUACACUACGAACCCCUUAAGAAAUCAGCCCCUCCCCACAAUGAUAAGGAACCACCCCUCCAUGACAAGGACCAAUCGGUGGUGGAGGCGGAGACUUCGGUCACUUGGCACCGCACCCUGAAAGUUCUCCUUCUGAAGAAAGCGGCCAUUGCUCUUUACACACUGGCCAGGAGUUCUGCUCUAGAAAACCAGCCGGGGAAGAGUCUCUGUCUACUGAGGAUAUCCUUACAGUGCUAUGCCGCCAUGAAGAUCUUGCUGCCGGAGAAAGCCACAGAGAACAGCCAGCUGCUGUGUGUGCUGCUGAGUCUGGCCGGGGAUGUACUCUUCCUGUGUAUCCACCGGAACCUACACAGGGACAGCAUCGCUGAGGAGUUGUCUAACCUGACCGAGGACCAGCUCAAUCUGUCACAGAGUGUGUCUAGGGAGAUAGACAGCUUUGAAUAUGAAUGGAUAUUUGAGACAAAAAUAGGAGAGUCAGACAUUGAAUUCUGUUUGAACCAAUGCUGUCGGUGCUAUGAAGAGGGCCUCAGAGCAGUGGAAUCUACAACGGAGGACAACAAAUCGGAAAUGAGAAGCUCUCUGAAAAAACGCUUGGCCAACAUCAAGAAUGAGCUGGGUGUAUGGUACAUGAACAAAGCCCAGGCGUGUCUCCAGAAUGAUGAACCUCCCUACCCGUCCAAGGAGACCAGACUCCUCUGUGAGAAGUCUCUGUCUUCCCUGAAGGAGGGUGUGGCCUUGUUUGAAGGCGUGGCUGACAAGGCUAACACCGCCCUGCUCUACAUGAACAAGGGGAGGCUGAUGCGGCUACACGCCCAGAUAUGCACCCAGAACACGAUGUUACAGGAUCAACCCCAGUUCACCGACGCGGAGCGCCACUAUUAUAAAGAGGCUAUAGAAUGCUACAACAAGGCAUUAAUACAGCUCAACAGCCAUCAGUUCACAGAAAUCUGGGAGUCCGUGUGCUGGGAAAUGUCAACAUGUCUCUUCAACAUGGCCACCCUUCUACAGGACUACGCUCCACUUCAGCAGUAUUCCCAAGACAAGGUGGAAAAAGAAGUGGUGGAUCUCAUGUUGAAGUCUCUAAAAUACUGUAAUGUGGAUAUCAAAUCUGCCAAACAGCCGAUGUGUCAGUACCGCGCAGCUACCAUCCACCACCGCCUGGCCUCGCUGUAUCACAACUCUCUCAGGAACCAACAGAACUCUGACCAGAGGAAAAAGUACUUGAGGCAGUUGAUGGAGACCCACUAUAGAAAGGCUGUAUCAUUCUUCUCUGUGUUGGAGUGCCACACAGAGCUACUAAGAGUACUCCUGGAGCAGGUAGCUUACUGGGAAUUCAUUCUCAAUGGUCAGACUAACACCAAAUCUCAGUUGAAAACCCUUGCAUGUGCUGUCAGGUGCCUGCUUGAGUGUAAAGGUGUUCUAAAUCACAUGAUCAAACAGCUUGAGGACCCGGAUAUCAGCGACAAGGUAAAAACAGAAGGGGCGAGUCUGACGGAUAUUUUGGAGUCGAGACUACAAUUUAUACUGCUACAGUUGAUGAAAUAUUUCAAGGCCAAUAAAGCAAGCAAUCAUAGUGAUGUCCAGAAAAUAAAAACAUUAUACAGACAAAGUUUGGAAAACCAGAAUGCUACAAAAGCUUCACCAGUGAUGGAUAAAUGGAGUCACCUUGUCCAAGUGUUAGAGGAUCUUCACUCCAUGUCACAAGAUAUACUUCCAAAGGAGAUGGAAUUCACUUGAUUAUUUGUUUAUGAAUGAUUUGUCUGCAAAAUUAUUGUUUUGAUGCAUAACUGAUAAAACUCUGGUUACUAUUCCACUAA